AUGACUGGUCGUGUGUAUAUGGAAAUGACUAUUACUGGCAGUGUCUCGAACCUACAAGCGCGAGCGCGUCUACAAGCACGACGUCGAGCACGACUGCAGCAACAACAUUUUCAACCUCCGUCUUCUACCGCUACACGCGUGCGUUACGGAGGAGUCAAUAUUGCCGGCUUUGAGUUCGGCUCCUAUGAUACCUGUGGUGUGCAUACGGCUGCGCCAUACGUUGAUCCCGAGAACUACAUCGCGCAGAUCAACCACUUCGUCAAUGAUGACGGUCUAAACGCCUUCAGACUUCCAGUUUCGUGGCAAUACUUGAUCAACCAAUAUGAUGGCGGCUCGCUAGGGAACAACACGAUCGAUCAAGACAAUUUUGCAACUUACAACUCACUUGUCCAAGGAUGUCUGAGUUCUGGCGCAUCACUCUGCAUCGUCGACAUGCACAACUAUGCCAGAUUCAACGGCAAGAUCAUUGGCCAAGAUGGACCGUCGGCAGCUCAAUUUGCCGAGAUUUGGAGCCAGCUGGCCACGGCGUAUGCGUCGGAAGAUCGUGUUGCAUUUGGCUUGAUGAACGAGCCGCACGACGAAGGCUGCCAAUCGUCGGAUGGCGGUGUCAUCGACAUCAGCACGUGGGCGUCGACCUUACAGACCGUGGUCAAUGCCAUUCGGCAGACGGGAGCUGUGUCUCAAUUGAUCAUCCUCCCGGGCAAGGGCUGGAUUCACGCGAACACAUACCUACCAUCCAACUCUGACGGGUCCGGACCGGCCUUGAUGGGAAUCACGGAUCCAGCAGGCGGGACGUCCAAGCUGGUAUUCGAGGUGCACGAGUACCUCGACUCCAACGACUCGGGUGGCAACAACGAGUGCGUGACCAACAAUAUCGACACCUCCUACGGCAGGGCAGGAUUGUCCAACUUGGCCGACUAUCUCCGGAGCAAUGGCCGGGUCGCGCUGCUCACGGAAACAGGAGGGUUGAACAACGCCAACUGUGCAACUCUCCUCUGUCAGGAAUUAAGCUUCCUGAACAGCAAUGCCGAUGUUUUCCUGGGAUAUACGACCUGGGCAGCAGGAGGGUUCGAUCCUAGUUAUGACUUGGGCGAGACGCCCACCCAGAAUGAGAGUGGCGGAUGGACCGACACCCUCCUCGUCCAAAGUUGCGUGGCCCAAUGCUUCCAGGGAACAUGUUGA